UACUCAACCUCAACUUGGUCAGUUGAUUAUCAUCAACUUGGAGUCUAUUCGCCAGCGUUCCAAAUUUCCUAUGCCGCUAGAGGUUGAACGUUUUCCUAUCUUCGUCAGCGCCCUUCCUCGCUGGUCGAGCGAAUUUUAAUUACUUGCCAGUGUUGUCGCAAAGCAGGCCGAAACCUCCACGUCCCUUUCCUCCAGUCAACCAUGGCGCACACGCGACCUAUGCCAGCGUUGUCGCUUGCUGUCGCAUGUGCGAUGCUUCUCUGCGUCGCCGUCGCCCCGUCGCGCGCCUCGCCGACUGUCGCACAGAUAAAGGCGGACCUGAAGGAGUGUCGCGCGACCAUGGCGAAACUCUACGACUACAAAGCGUACCUCCGAGGGAUCGACGAGAUGCUGAAACGGUCUCCUGCUGACAUGAUGGGACUCGCCAACACCACGCUCCUGGUGCCCACGAACAAGGGCCUCUACUCUCUUGGAAUCAGGACCCUCACCAACAUGACUGCGAUGGAAGUGAUUGGCCAGUACAACGUGCUGACUAAGCGCUUCACUGGCGCACAACUGGCUAAGCUGGCUGCAGGGGCGAAGAUUAAGACUGUGCUGACAAAGGUCAUUCAGGUGUAUGCGCAGAUCCAAGGGAAGGUUGUGUUGGGGAAAGUAGGGGCAGCAGCAAAAGACCGGGGAGUGGUGGUUACACCGGACCUGUGCAAGGGAGUGUUUGUGAAGGCUCAUGGCAUGUCUUUGUACCUCAAGCCCCCUGGAUAUUGACAUGGGGGACCAUGAUGCAUGGGGGGAUUAUCAGCUACUGUUUGACGUACUGUAGUGGGAUGGAGAUUACGAACAACCCCCUAGACAUGAUAAUCUCUGGAUAGGAGUCCAGUAAUGCAAUAGUGAGGUCGUGAUUAAAGUGUGUCGAGUACAAAUGAAGCACAG